UUCAUCAUUGCUUGUAAUGUUACCGUUGGUCGUCGUAUAGAUACGUUCAUCUAAUGUCGUUUACGUUUUUAUACUGGGAUUAGAGUUGACGGAUAAUCGAGUAACGUAUUGUCAACUCGUUCGAAGACAUUAACAGCCUUCUAUAGGCUAGUGUUUCGUAAAAGUCAUGAUUUGACUAUCAAUAAUCGUCAUUUCAUCAUGUGAAAGGUAGCAGAAAUAUCUUUGUUUUAUUUCACUGCCAGCGGCAGUUGAUUUGUGGUCUGCUGAUGGCGCUACAUGUGUGCUGUCGUUUAACCUCAUCAGAGAGCCAUCUAAUAUAAUACAGUUUACGUUAUGGAGGUAGUUGGUGAGUACGAGUACAGCAAGAAAGAUCUAAUAGGACAUGGAGCGUUCGCUGUGGUGUUCAGAGGAAAGUGCAGAAAGGUGCCGAACCAACCUGUCGCUAUCAAGAGCAUUACAAAGAAGAACCUGUCAAAAUCCCAGAACCUUCUGGGAAAAGAGAUCAAGAUCCUAAAGGAGUUGACAGAGCUACAUCAUGAAAAUGUUGUGGCAUUGUUCGACUGCAAGGAGACCACUCACCAUGUCUACCUGGUUAUGGAGUACUGCAACGGAGGCGACUUGGCUGACUACUUACAUGCCGAUUUCGGUUUUGCGAGGUUCCUACAGGAUGGAGUGAUGGCAGCAACGCUCUGUGGAUCGCCGAUGUACAUGGCUCCAGAGGUGAUCAUGUCCCUGCAGUACGGAGCGAAGGCGGAUCUGUGGUCGAUCGGCACCAUCGUGUUCCAGUGUCUGACGGGCAAGGCUCCCUUCCAAGCCCAGACACCGCAGGCCCUGAAGCAGUUCUAUGAGAAAAACAACAACCUCGUGCCAAACAUUCCGCCGGGCACGUCACCUGACCUGAAGGAUCUCCUCUUCAAACUACUGAAGAGAAACGCGAGAGAUCGCAUCGAGUUUGACGACUUCUUCAACCAUCUUUUCAUCCGACAGCAAUCGCCGACCAAAGCCAGUAUGUACCUUUGUGCUCUCACCAGGGUAAAAAAUAUACGGGAGCGAUGAGCGAUUCGCUCUUCAAACCUCCGAAAUCGCUCCCGUGAGGCUCAAAAUAGCUCCCGUAACAUUUUUGACGGGAGCUAUUUUUUCCAUAGACUUGAAAAAGAGCUCCCGUAA